UGGCUCAGUGGAGUGGCGAGGCGCGGCGCAUCAGUGACUUCUCGGGAAGUUCUGCUAGACGCCAGCCCGGCCUAACCCGGCCCUGCCCGACCGCACCCGAGCUCCGUGUUUGCUCAGCGCCCGCUCGGCCAGCCAUGGGAGCCCCGUGCCGCAGCCUUUCCGCGAUCCUGCUCCUGCUGCAGGUCUCCUCGUGGCUCUGCCAGGAGCCGGAGCCUGAGCCCUGCAGUCCCGGCUUCAGUGCUGAGGUCUACACGUUCCUGGUGCCGGGGAGGCACCUGGAGAGAGGCCACCUCCUAGGCAGAGUGAAGUUUGAAGGGUGCACUGGUCGGCCGAGGACAGCCUACUUUUCCGAGGACUCCCGAUUCAAAGUGGCUACGGAUGGUGUCAUCACGCUCAGUCGGCCUCUAAAGCUUCAUAAGCUGGAAACCAGUUUUCUUGUCCACGCCUGGGACUCUACUCACAGGAAGCUUUCCACCAGAGUGAUUCUGAAGUCCGUGGGCCACCACCAACACCGGCACCACCACCAUGACCCUAGCUCCGGAUCCCAGCCGCAAGUGCUCACAUUUCCCAGCUCUCACCAGGGUCACAGAAGACAGAAACGAGACUGGGUCAUCCCCCCCAUCAGCUGCCCAGAAAAUGAGAAGGGCCCGUUUCCUAAAAAGCUGGUUCAGAUCAAAUCCAACAGGGACAAGGAAACCAAGGUUUACUACAGCAUCACUGGCCAGGGAGCAGACAGACCCCCUGUUGGUGUGUUUACGAUUGAGAGAGAAUCAGGCUGGCUGAAAGUGACGGAGCCUCUGGAUAGAGAACAUAUUGCCAACUACACUCUCUUUUCCCAUGCUGUGUCAUCAAAUGGGCAAGCAGUGGAGGACCCCAUGGAGAUUGUGAUCACAGUGACUGAUCAGAACGACAACAAGCCAGAGUUCAUCAAGGAGGUCUUUGAGGGAACUGUCACGGAGGGCGCUCUUCCAGGAACCUCCGUGAUGCAGGUGUCCGCCACCGAUGCAGACGAUGAUGUGAAUACCUACAAUGCUGCCAUCGCCUACACCAUCGUCAGCCAAGAUCCUGAGCUGCCUCACCCAAACAUGUUCACUGUCAACAGGGACACAGGGGUCAUCAGUGUGGUCACCUCCGGGCUGGACCGAGAGAGUUACCCUGUGUACACCCUGGUGGUUCAAGCUGCUGACCUGCAGGGCGAAGGCUUGAGCACAACAGCAAAAGCCGUGAUCACCGUCGUCGAUAUUAACGACAACGCUCCUAUCUUCAACCCCAGCACGUACGUGGGUCAAGUGUCUGAGAAUGAGGCCAAUGCCGUUAUCACCACCCUCAAAGUAACUGACAACGAUGCCCCUCAUACCCCAGCGUGGGAGGCCGUGUACACCAUAAUCAAUGAUCCUGAACAACAGUUUGUUGUCAUCACGGACCCCACAACCAAUGAUGGCAUUCUGAAAACAGCCAAGGGCUUGGAUUUUGAGGCCAAGCAGCAGUACAUUCUACAUGUGACAGUGGCCAAUGUGGCCCCCUUUGAGGGGACUCUUGUCCCUUCCACGGCCACCGUCACUGUGGAUGUGCUAGAUCUGAAUGAAGCCCCCAUCUUCGUGCCUGCCGAGAAGAGAGUGGAGGUGCCUGAAGACUUCGGUGUGGGUCAGGAAAUCACAUCCUAUACUGCCCGGGAGCCAGACAUAUUCAUGGAACAGAAGAUUACGUAUCGGAUUUGGAGGGACACGGCCAACUGGCUGGAGAUUAACCCAGAGACGGGUGCCAUUUCCACUCGGGCCGAGAUGGACAGAGAAAACUCGGAGCACGUGAAGAACAGCACCUAUACGGCCCUCAUCAUCGCCACAGAUGACGGUUCGCCAAUUGCCACCGGCACGGGGACUCUUCUGUUAGUCCUAUCGGACGUCAAUGACAAUGCUCCCAUCCCAGAACCUCGAAACAUGCAGUUCUGCCAGAGGAACCCACAGCCCCAUGUCAUCAACAUCAUCGAUCCAGACCUUCCCCCUAACACAUCCCCCUUCACCGCUGAACUAACCCACGGGGCCAGCGUCAACUGGACCAUCGAGUACAACGACCCAGCCCAAGAGUCUCUCAUUUUGAAGCCAAAAAAGGCCUUAGAAUUGGGAGACUACAAAAUCAAUCUCAAGCUCAUGGAUAACCAGAACAAAGACCAGGUGACCACGCUGGACAUCGUUGUGUGUGACUGUGAAGGGACUGUCAACAACUGCAUGAGGGCGGGUUACGUGGAAGCAGGAUUGCAAGUUCCUGCCAUCCUAGGGAUUCUUGGAGGGAUCCUGGCUUUGUUGAUUCUGAUCCUGCUGCUCUUACUGUUUUUACGGAGGAGAACCGUGGUCAAAGAGCCCCUGCUGCCCCCAGACGACGACACCCGGGACAAUGUGUAUUACUAUGAUGAAGAAGGAGGUGGAGAAGAGGACCAGGACUUCGAUUUGAGCCAGUUGCACAGGGGCCUGGAUGCCCGACCUGAAGUGACUCGGAAUGAUGUGGCUCCCACCCUCCUGAGGCCCCAGUACCGUCCCCGCCCAGCCAAUCCGGAUGAAAUCGGGAACUUCAUCGACGAAAAUCUGAAGGCUGCCGACAGCGACCCCACAGCGCCCCCCUACGACUCUCUGUUGGUGUUUGACUAUGAGGGGAGUGGUUCCGAGGCGGCUAGCCUGAGCUCACUUAACUCCUCCGAGUCGGAUCAGGACCAGGACUACGACUAUCUGAACGAGUGGGGCAACCGUUUCAAGAAGUUGGCUGACAUGUACGGUGGCGGCGAGGACGACUAGAGCGCAGAGAGGAGCCCCCAGGGGGAGCCGCGGGAGAUGCGGAAUGAUGUUGCCAGUGGCCUUUCAGCUCCUUCCCUGAGAGACUGAUCCGAGAUGCAGUUAGUGUAGUGGUCACACGCUACCGAUGCACUGGAUGUUAGGGAGGUUUUCAUUUGUUCUUGAAAUCGGUUUUUCAUUUUGAUAGUGCUGGGAUUUGAUUGAACUCCACCACUGAGUUACAGGCCCACCCUCUCCCUUUUUUUUUUUUAACCACACACACCCCCCCCCGCCCCGCCCCCUCCCCCUCCCCCACCCCGUGCGUGUGCCCCUUCCAUGGAUGGGGAUGAAUCUGUGACUUUACAGUGUGAGGCAAAGCACUCCCGUCACUGAGCGAUUGCCCCAGCUCAAAUUUCUUAUUUCAAAAUGAUAGUUUGAGCCUCAGAAGGGUCAGCCAGCGCUGGCAGGUUUCCCUUUAAGAGGCAGGGGAGGGAGUCUGCCCUAUUUCUGUUUCAUUGUGUAUAGAAAAUGGUUUGGUUUUGUUUUUGAGCUAGGAAUCUAGGCUAGUGUCCUGCCCCAGAAUUACAACCCCAAGCCCUUCACCCCACACUAAAAAUUUUAAAUUGUAUGCUUCCCCACAAGUACCACAUCUGUGUUCUGUAUUCUAAUACCCACUUAUGCUCCUGAAUUCUGUUGCCCUGCCCACAUGCAGACAUGACUGGGUCCUUGUAUAGUGACAGCCAGGUAACUUGGUAUGGGUGUGACUGAACUUGACAUUGUGUGUUUCAAAGACCUGCAUGGUUUUCCUUCCUCCCCUCCAGAGUACUUACUUGAAAUGGGCAUUCUUUGUUCGGGGUCCCUGUUUCUUCGGUGAAAGCCCUAGUAGGACAUGUCGCUUUGGUCCUCUGUGGGGAGCUUUGACCGGAACACAUAGGAGGGUUUUCAGGCACCACUUGGUUCUUAUGUUUCCUUCACGCCAACAUAAAAGAGUGAUGGACUCAGAGAGUCAGACCAGUGCCCAGAGUGCUGCAGCCCAAGACGGAGGAGAGGGAAUGGGAGAGCCUGGCCUGGGGGCAACUGUGUCACUGAGCCUGGCCAGCUAGCACACUGGUGGUGAGCAUGCAAGGUGGCUUGGCCUCUUUCUCAGGAAACUUCUGGAAGAAUAGAGGGAUCUCACCAUGUGUUUCCUCACUGGAAUCCUUGUCCAUGCAUUCCCGAAGCCCAGGAGACAUGCCCUUCCAAUGCCUGCUUUUGAUGGUAGCUACAGAAAAUGCUGACUGAUUGGACCAAGGUUGCCCAAUUCUAAGUAUGCAUAGAAAACUGAGGUUAUUAGAAAUUGUGCAUUUUCUCAUAGAAGCAGAAAGAAAACUGUUCUAAUGGGAGAAAGUGGGUGAGGGCCUUGAUUUGACUCUUUUCUUUUAAGUCAAAAUGCAAAUCUCAGCUUUGUGAUAACCACUGGCAAGAAUUUCAUUGAAAGUGCUUUACUCUCAGCUAUUUUUGGAAGAAAACAAUGACUUCAAUCAACUGUGAGAACUGUUGAUUUCUCUGUAGUUUAAAUGUCUGGUGUAGUCGGUGUAGAGUGUCACUUGUAUGUAGUUUGAGUGUAUAUGUGUGUGGGUGCUGAUAAUUUUGUAUUUUGUGGGGAGUGGAAAGGUAAAUAGUUGAAACUGUUCUAAGAUACAUUUUUAUAAAUUUUAUUAAAGAGUUUUGUUAAACGGU